AUGCCCGCAGGCCUGGCAAGAUCAGUCCUCAAAAGAUAUCACCAAUUCUUUCGUAAUGACAUUAUCCGGCGCCAAAAAGAACAAGAGCGAACCGAUCUCGGCUCGCAAGUUUGGUUCUCCUGCGAUCAAACGGCUGGCGAUCUAUCUCAUUGGGCCUUCAUUGUGCACGACCUCGUUGAGAAUUCUUUCACCAAGUAUGAGCUCUGUAAGGUCCGGAGUGGCAAUGUGAAAAGAGAUGACAUGCACUUUUCGGAAACCGUGGAUGGCCGCGACGGAAAUCGUUACCAUUUCCGCUCGAAGCCCAUUCUUCUUAACCUAGACAUCCGCAAGAAGCACAUCCUUGAAACCGGUUACCCGGAAGACGGAAGCUUCCAUAUUGGUCUGAUCGGCUGGACGCACAUGACCAGAGAAGGCAUCGACGGUAUCGGCGAUAGUAUCAUGAAGGAUUUUGGCAAAUAUACGCUACUCUGGAACAAUUGUCAGAGGUUCCUGAGGAAACUCUACGAGGGGCUCCGCAACAAGCAAGCACCUGAGGCAGCCGAUUAUUUGUGGUUCCGGAAGUAA